UUCAGUAUUUUGUGUAUCCAAGGGAAGAGUACUCAAGAUUAAAUGUGCCAAGGAACCUCUCUUUCCCAUCACACCAACAACUUCCAUGCCCCACAAUACUUCAUUCUCAUGUGAUAUCCCUCCAAAAGUUCUUGUACAGGGGAGCUGGAGAACGGGCUCCGACAGAUCAGCCUCGGACGGGCAGAGAGGAUCACCAGAAAGCAGCAAGAAUACUUCAUCUCCGAACCCAGGAGACAACAUCCGAGAUUUUCAGCUAAUCAUCCCAACCGAAAGGCCUUCUAUCAGCAGCACAAUUUCACCUCCAUACUCAAUGAGCAGCAAUGAUUCGCUUCCCAUGCUUCCAUGGCGAAAAUGGCCCGGGAGUAAGAGCCGAUCACCGAUGGGAUCAGAAAAUGUUAGCUUUGAGACUGCUUCCUAUAACAGCAGCAACUCAGGGGAUCAUGUAGGGGCCGGUGACUUUGAAUCUGGGCGCAUGACUCCACUAAGACGGCUGCCGGGAGGCAAGAUGGCGCCCUUCCAACAAUCUGCUAACCAUCUGAAUCUCCGGGCCCGAAUGCUGGAAAGUCUGCCUGACUUUUCACCUGGAUCGAGUGAACGUUCUGACAUGCAGAGUUUCCACUCUGACAUCUCCUAUGAACUUAUGGACAGAAUGUCCGACUCGUCUAGGAGUUCUACCUCAUCAGUAGCAGCGGAGUUAGAGGAGGAAUUGAGAAGAUUGAAACUAGAGCUGAAGCAGACCACAGAGAGGUACAAUGCAGCUUGCCAAGAAGCUGAAACUGCCAAAGAAAAGGUAAGAGACUUAGUCCAGUGGAAAUCAGAAGAGGCGAGUAGAAUAGAAGAGGCCAAACAAUCUCGUGAGGCUGCAUUGGCGAUCGUAGAGAGGGAGAAGCAGAAGUGUAAGGCUGCACUUGAAAUAGCACAAAAGGCACAGCGGAUAGCAGAACUGGAGACGGAGAAGAGAAAACGUGCGGAGUUGAAGUUCAAGCAAGAGUCGGAAGAGAAGCAGAGGGCGAUGACUGAAUUAGCACACAGUAUGGUUAGAUAUAGACAUUACGCAAUUGAAGAAAUUGAAGUUGCAACGAACUACUUCUCCAGUUCAAACAAGAUUGGUGAAGGGGGGUAUGGACCUGUUUAUAAAGCUACCAUGGAUCACACGGCUGUCGCCAUUAAGGUUCUGAAAUCAGAAGAAACAGAAGGCCUGAAGCAGUUCCAACAAGAGGUUGAGGUUUUGAGCAGGAUGAGACAUCCCAAUAUGGUUAUCCUCUUAGGAGCUUGUCCUGAGUACGGUUGCCUCGUGUACGAGUACAUGGAAAAUGGCUGCUUAGAAGACAGGCUUUUCUGCAAAGAUGGCACUCCACCGUUACCAUGGACAACCCGUUUCCAAAUAGCUGCAGACAUCGCCACGGCCCUGAACUUCCUUCACCAUACUAGACCGGAGCCACUCGUCCACCGUGACCUAAAACCGGCCAACAUUCUCUUGGACAAGAACUUUGUCAGCAAGAUCAGUGACGUCGGCCUAUCCAGGCUCGUCCCGCCAUCUGUAGUCGAUUCUGUUACUCAGUACCACAUGACAGCAGCAGCAGGCACGUUCUGCUACAUUGAUCCAGAGUACCAACAAACAGGAAUGCUGGGCACAAAAUCAGACAUAUACUCAUUCGGCAUACUCUUACUGCAAAUUAUCACCGCAAAAUCUCCAAUGGGCUUAACACAUCAAGUCGAGAGCGCAAUAGAAACAGGGCGCUUCCCAGAGAUACUUGACCAAAACAUUAAAGACUGGCCAAUUGAGGAGGCUUUGUCCUUUGCUAAACUGGCCUUAAAAUGCUGUGAACUGAGGAGGAGGGAUCGACCGGAUCUUGACACCGUGAUACUACCAGAGCUUGAACGGCUAAGAGACCUGGGAUCACAAAUCAAACCAGAAGGGAGAGCUUACUACAUGCAUUUACAAGGUCCAAGUUCUCUAGCAAGCUCAUCUUCAAGUCAGAACACGAGGAACAACUCUGAAACAAAAACGGAAAAUCAAAGCAAGAACGAGUCUGGACAGGAUGGCAGCACGAUUACCUCGGCCUCGGAUAAUUCUUCAAAGGACAGAAGCAGAUGAUGAAAUAAAGCAUCAAAGUGAAGUCAAUGAGUGGGUUUUUGCAAGCUUCUCACUCAAAGACUACUUAGAUGUUCAUUUUCUUUCAGCAGUCAAUGUAUAAGCUAAUAGUUCUAUACAUAGUUCAAAAUAGCGGUAUAGGCAGUAAUAUCGGUAGGCGUUGCUAUGCAGCGUAUUGGGAUAUUAUCCAGCGAUACCAUAAAAUGCACUAUAGACGCUAAAAAGCUCUCAAACUUUUGGAGAAUUACAAUAUCAAAUACCAUCAAUAU